UUGGUGAGAGCCCACUGCAAUCCUGUUCCUUACAUCGUUAGUUUGCUAGAGGAGUGCACGGUGGGGAAUGAUGCCCGACAGAGCCUCUGUAUCCACAGGCGACCCAGCUCAUCCUGUUGCCGACAGUCACCGUUAUUGCAAGAUUCUGGCUGAUCAGACGGAGAUGAGCAGGCUCAGUUUGCCGGGAAACAUGCGUCGAGGAGGCUCAGACACCAACCUGAACCUUACAGUGACUGAUGGCUUGCUGGACUUCCAACGGGACCGACAGACAGUGGAGCAGCUGAAACAGAAGAUUCUGAAACUCACCGAGCAGUUGCGGAUCGAGCAGGAGCUCCGGGACGCGAAUGUGGCCGAGUAUCUCAAACUGGUGAACAACGCUGACAAGCAGCAGGCCCGCCGCGUUAAGCAGGUCUUUGAGAAGAAGAACCUUAAGUCCGCCCAGGUCAUUGCUGGGCUGCAGAAAAAGUUUGACCAUUAUCACCGCAAGCUGAGGGACAUGGAGCAGAAUGGCUCGCGCAAUUCCAAGGAACGGCUCCGGGACUCUCAGCACAACGUGAGGGACGUGGGCAAUGCCAAGCAAGGGGCUGCGGGGGGUCCAGGCACAGAAAGCAGGAAGAGCCUUCCGGGUGUCACUCUGACCCCCCCAUCCUCCGUCUUCAGCAAGCCGCGCGAGAUUGCCAUCCUGAUCCGCAACAAGUUUGGCAGCGCUGACAAUAUUGCUCACAUGAAGAGCUCCAUGGAUGACUUCCAGCAGGACCCUGGACCCAGGGCCUUCAGCGGGAGUGCCGUGCUGGUGUCCAAACCCAAGUACCUGAGUGACGACGAGUGCUCCAGUGGCAGUGACUUCGCAGAUAGCAAUGGCAACUCCGAUUUUGGGGUCACCACCAGCCCAAAGUCCAACUCAUUGGAGAGAGAGACAGGCAAGUUGGCCACCAUCUUGGACGAGCUCCGGGAAAUGAAGGAAACGCAAUCGCAGCUAUCACAGGACAUUGAGAAUUUAAAAGUUCAGUUCAACAGCGACUUCAGCCUCAUGACCCAAACAUUACAAGAAGAGCACUACAGGUCGGCCCGUCUGGAAGAUCAACUGAAUGACCUCACAGAACUCCAUCAACAUGAGACCAUUGAUCUAAAACAGGAGCUGGCCAGCAUAGAGGAAAAGGUGGCCUAUCAAUCCUACGAGCGAGCCCGUGACAUGCAGGAAGCCUUGGAAUCAUGCCAGACCCGGCUUGCCACCUUGGAAUUACAUCAACAACAGCAGCAAUUGUUACAGAUUGAAAAUGCCAACGCUAAGGUUCUUCUUGGAAAAUGUAUCAACAUCUUUCUGGCCAUCAUGACUGUUAUCCUUGUUUGCAUCUCCACCAUCGCCAAGUUCAGCAUCCCUCUGAUGAGGAGCCGUUUACAUGUCGCUUGUACAAUCUCUGCCGUCAUAGUUGCGAUCAUCGUUUGGAAAAAAUGGGAUCAGAUUCAGAGUCUCACAGACCGUAUUUUAUAAAUUCACUGUGAAAUGGGAAUGCUUAUCAUGGAUCAUUUUAAUUAUUAAAAUAUGACUUUUAAACAAUGAAAUAUACAAGACAGAAAAUAUUUGUAUUAUUACCUCGAUAUUAGAGUAGAAACACAACGUUUCUCACACAGCACUUUACUCAAUAUGUCCACUGAUAACUUGAGACAAGAUCAGCUCCAGCAUCUGUAGCUAUCAAAGGUCCUCAUCAUGUGUUAGCCUUUGACCAGAUGGUGUGUUCAGAUUCUGACACUUGAACUGAUACUUUGGAUAAAAGAGUGAUCAGCCAUGAUCUGGACGGGUCCCUGGUUUCUGAUCACACAUUACUUUAUGAACCAGCUGAUGAAAUAUCACGUGGGAUGAGGAGUGUUGUGGUUUGCUUUACUGGGAAGUUGACACCUGAUAUCUUCCUGAGCUGCACUGCUGAAAGGAACUAGGUGAAGAUGUAUCUGUGGAAGAGGAGGCAAAGACUGACUUGUGCUCAGCAAUGUGUGUAAUUGACAUUACAUCACUAACCUUAUGUUUCUGUUGACUAGGACAUGGUGAACUAUUUGUGAAACCUGUUCUGAAAACUGAAUAUUUGAGCUUCAAGACUGAGGCAAAAUGUAUUGAAUCCAUAAUUAUGCUCUAACCUGCCUCAACAGGAGAAAGUGAAUUAAUUAAUUCAUUCUGGUUGCAGUGAGGUGGGUGGAGGAUUGUCAGGUGUAAAUACACUUGUCUUAAAGAGAACUCUUUUAAAUACACUGUAGAAUAGCUAUUUUUAUAUACCUCAUAACUGCACAUUUAUCAAUAUUUCUUUUUCACAGGUUAUCACUCAGGUUGUCACGUUUCUUUUUAUGUAUUCACUGACAAAAUGCACUUAUCUGCACCCAGAACUCUAGGAUCAGGAUUGGUAACUUGUUUAAAUAUAACCAUCUCUAACAGCAGUAAAAUUACAUGGCAUUGGAACACAGAAGGCUCUGACUUUGCCUUGUAAAUGAAGACUCCUUUUUAUCUUUAAUCACCACCAAUUAGAGAAAUUAGGAAUGAGUAGUGAGUGCUGGACUAAACCAAUGACACCUACGUACUAUGAAUGAAUCAAAAAAAAUUACAAAGCAUUGUCCCUAGGAGGGGGCCUUGCUUGACAGCAGCAGAGUUGAAUAAAGCUGUUUGGCUGUAUAUUUGAUCAUCCCAGUCACCUGAAGAGCUUGGCUGCAUAAAAUGAUCCCAUUCGUCUUAAAUCAUGAUUAUAAUGAAAUGCAUUCAUGAAGUACUGUUUGGUAAGCUGUACAAGUUAAAUCUAUUGAAGGCUCACAGACUAAGGACUCAAAAUGAAGAAUUUUUUUGAAUAAUACAUCUGAAGGUGCUUUUUGUUUCUAACAGAAUGUUAGGGCUGCAGAAGAUGUGUUCAUAAUAGGCAAUUUAAUUAAUUAUCGAUGUGUCAGUAGAAUCAGGCCAUUUGGCCCACCAAGUCCACACCGCCCCUCAGAAGAACAUUGCAUCCAGACUCACCCCAUACCCAAUCCCUGCAUUUCCCAUGGCCAAUGCACCUAACCUGCACAUCUUUGGACUGCGGGAGGAAACCAGAGCAAACCCUUAUGGGUACAGGAAGAAUGUGCAAACCCCAUACAGUCACCCGAGGGUGGAAUCAAACCUACAACCCUGGCGCUGUGAGGCUGCAGUGCUAACCACUGAGCCAUCAUAAGGGGUGAUUCCUGGUCAGCCAUAUGAUGGAAAAUAUUGGAACUUCAUCAUCAACAUUUUUGGUUGCAAACUACAUUAGAAAUACAGAAAAAUGAAAAGUAAUGGAAUUUGUAAUUUCUCCAUCGAGUUUAUCUACACUGAUGUCAUUUAGAAAGCAACACCACUUUUUGUUUGUUACUAUGGUGGAAGUAAUGUCACUGGACUAGCAACCAGUUGCCCAAGUUCCAGAGCCUUUUGGUUCAAAUCCCACUGUGGUAGUUUGUAGAAUUUAAAUUCAGCUCAUAAAAUCUGGAAUUGAAAGCUAGUCUCAGUAAAAGUGACCAUGAAACUAUCAUUGUUUGCAGUGAAAACCUCUUUGGUUCAUUAGUGCCCUUCAGGGAAGGAAAUCUGAUGUGUUAAAUUGGUCCUUCCUACUGGACUCACAGCAAUGAGGUGAGGUCUUACUGCUCCCUGAAAAGGUUGAGUAAGUCACUGAGUUCAAGGGGCAAUUAUGGAUGAAAACCAAAUACUGACCUUGCUAGUGAUGCAUAAAUUCUUUACAAAGGAGAAAAGAAACACUUUGACCUGCAUUAACUUUCUAUUUAUGUUUGGAUUCUGAUGAGGUUAAUAUAAAAUGCAAAUGCUGACUAGUUUGGAAUACUGUGGUGCUAAGUGUUGUGAAAGUGGGUUAACGGUGACACACCCAAAUCUGCCUAAUAAUGAAAAUAAGAGCCUCCUUUGAGUCAUGUUGGUAAUUCUGAAAUGUAAUGUGUACUUUUUUCACUGGUUGUGACACAUACAAUUGUUCACCAGAACGAUCUCCUAAACAGAUUUGGUGAAAUUGUAGUUAUUUGUAGGCCAUGCUGAGACAAACCAAUGUAAGAACUCAUUGUACAGUGUGAUUUUUAACUUAAAAAUGAGAAAUGAAUGAAUAAAAUAUAAAGUAUAAUCA